AUGAUUGGCCGAAAGUAUAGAGGAAUUGCCAUGUUAUUAAUCGUCUCGCUCUUUGGAAUAUUGACAAGCGUUCAGACCGAGUAUAUUAAUUUGGCAGAUGUUCCGUGUGGUAGAAGCGAGAUACGAAAUGGGAGAAUUGUUGGAGGUCAGAACGCGACGCCACGUGAAUUUCCAUUUCUCGUGAGCAUAACAAGAAAAGGCGGACACUUCUGCGGCGGCUCUAUUCUCAACUCGAAAUUUAUAUUGACAGCUGCGCAUUGUUUAUGCUCCGGAACAGGCAAUAUUCCAGUGAGACAAUUGAGCGUCUGGUUAGGCAAACACAAUUUAAGAGGUUCGGAGGUGCCGGCCGCGAGACAGGAGGUCGUCAUAAACGCAGUGAUACAUCCAGAUUACAAGUGCGGCAAGUACGUAGACGAUAUCGCGCUGCUGGAACUUGCCAGAUCGAUCACUUGGUCGGAAAGCGUGAAACCCGCUUGUUUACCUGUGGCCACAGGAAAACCGGGAUACAGUGCCUUUAGCGAGGCGGAAGCUGUGGUAGCCGGAUGGGGCUGGCUCGGAGAAAACAGAGAUAAAUACAAGAGGGCAGACAUACUGCAGAAAGUAGACGUUCGCGUGGUGGCAAAUACCAAGUGCAACGAGUGGUACGCGAAUCAGAACAAAUUGAUCCACGUGGAAUCGAAGCAAAUGUGCGCCGGCUGGGAGAAAGGCGGCAAGGAUACCUGCUAUGCCGACAGUGGCGGACCAUUAAUGGUCAGAAGUCGUCAUACUGGGUCGUUGAUAGUCAUUGGAGUAGUCUCGGCCGGCAUAGGUUGCAGUAGACCACAACUUCCUGGCAUUUACACAAGAGUAUCGGAUUACAUUUCUUGGAUCACGCAAAAAACCCAGUUCCGAUAA